AACUAUAUAUUUGAACAGUGACUUCUGAGUAGACAUAGGUAAAACUUAUAAUAUCUACAGUGAUCGUCUACAAAGUACAUUGCUAUAUCGGAGAAAAUAAUACAUAUGCAUAAAUUAUUUUCCCAGUUUACCAUGCGUGCUAAAUCACUGAUAUCGCUUUGUACCAUUUUGCUUGCAUUCGCACAAGUACAUACUACAGUCAAUCCUGGAAGAUUAUUAAAAUGCUCGCCACACACCUUGAAAUACGAAACAUUCAAUGUCAGUUUUUACCAUUCGUCUCGAACACAAUCUGACCAACUUAUUAACAAAGAAGUUCACUUCGUACCGAAAGGUGUCGAUUUCGAUCCGAGGCGAAGAACUGUCGUUAUUGUACAAGGAUUCCUAGGUCAUUUGCACGGGGAUGAAAUGAAAAAAAUAGGAAACAAACUGUUAGAAUGGCAAGAUAUGAAUGUGAUUAUUGUAAGAUGGGAAAAAGGGUCAUUGAAUCCUUUCGCAUACCCUCAAGCAGUCGUUAAUUCAGAAUAUGCAGCUUUGCAAAUAAAAACACUCUUCACGUGGCUUAAAAAUAUCUGGACCGAACAAGGUGUCAGUCUAGGAAGUUGGGGACCGAUUCAUUUUAUUGGUUAUAGUCUCGGUGCUCACGUCGUUGGACAAGCCGCCGAACGACUCAGAGUUGAGGAGAAUUUGCUAAUCGAUCGUAUUACUGCAUUAGAUCCGUCAGAACCAUGUUUCGAGGAUGCCAACAAUCCUUUGCGAUUAUCGAAGAACAAUGCUAAAUUCGUAGACGUAAUUCAUACAGAUGGUGCGCGCUAUACAAACGAAGCGUUCGGACUUCUAGAACCGAUAGGGCACGCCGACUUUUACGUUAACGGCGGUGUGGCUAACCAGCCAGGAUGCGAACGGAAGAAACGAUCCGGGUUUCUAUUUAAAGCUACACUUCAUUUUCUCGGCAACGGACUUUGCAGCCAUGCUCGGUCAGUGGAAGUCUUCAUCGACUCCAUCGUCAAUGCCAAUUCAACAAGCUGUAAGUUUUGGGGGCGUUCGUGGCAACUGGGAACCAGCGAGGCGGAUACAAAGGAGAUACUCAAGAAUUCGUGCGACACCACGAUUUGCCCACAAGUGGGUAUAAACGCCGAGUCGUUUGAUUACGACAACGGAAAAACGAACACUUAUUAUGUAAAAACAUCUGAGAAUGCUCCGUUUUGCGAACCUGCAUAAAACGAUGUACGGUAAAGUGUAAUAUUAAACAAAUCCGCUAAUUAUCAGAA